CCUACCUAGCCGCGAAAGCGAGCACGGCUGCACCGCCGGAGAGGAUGGAGCAAAGACCGAAAUAUCGAUUUUUAGGCCCCUACGCGGCGGUUCGAUGCUCAUAUCUGCCCCGUGUCCCGUAUCCGCGCGAAGCGCCUUUCAAAACACUAACGACGCGUGCGAGACACACUCUGUGGUGCCGCAGAUCUUGAGGAUUAUCGUUUACAAUUAAAAUAAGAAACGAGCGAGAGAAGUGAAGCCAAGUGACGCGUAACGAAGUUCUGGCCGAUGUCGUCAGAAAAAAUGGCCAUCGCUGCUUCAGAGAAUUAUCAACUUAAAUGGCAUAGCUACGGUGCUCAUCUACACAGCUCUGUCGCGACAUUACUCCAUUCAGAAUCCUUCGCAGAUGUCUUGUUAGCAACAUCCUGUGGUCGGCACGUGGCGGCUCAUCGAUUUGUCCUUGCCGCUUGCUCUUCGUAUCUUAGUCACAUUUUUCAAACAUGUCAUUUCGGUGCAAACACAAACGCUCCAAUAAUUGUGGUAUUACCAACAGAAAUUGGUUAUCGUACAUUAAAGAUACUGAUUCAAUAUAUGUACAGUGGUGAAGCUACGGUAACGAAUGAUCAAUUAGAAGGUGUAUUAAAAGCAGGCGAUAUAUUACGUGUACGUGGUUUAUGGAGAUCUAAUACUGGAAGUAAAAAAGAAAAUAUACAAUCGAAUAACCAGAAAAUGGAUAGAGAAAAACGGGAGCAGCCACCUUUAACUGGUCAAAUUCAAAAAAUCAAAUUGGUUCAACCGAGCACAGAAAAAAUUGUUGAAAAUACACAACAGAAUACACCAAUACAAAAUAAUAUUCAACCUCAAAAACCUAUGUCAGAAAGAAAAAGUAUUGAGAAAAUUGAAGAGAAAACUAGCGAACCAGAAUCUAAAAAGGUUUUAGAGGAAAAUAAGAAUAAUGAACAAAAUAAGAAUAAGGAAAAUGUGGAAAACAAUGGUAAAAAAAGGAAAACAACCAAUAGUGAUGUAGAAUCUAAUAAAUCUAAAAGUGAAGAUGGCGAAAAUACCGAAUUGAAUUUAGAACUUUUAGUAAAAGAUGAACCAAUUUGGGAAGAAACUAUUGACCCGUCAGAAUCAUUAACGAUAGAUCACGAGAUUGAUAUAAAACCGGAAAUCGUACAUAGUGCAGAUGAAGAAGAAGAAUACAGCCCAUUAACAUGCGAUAUGUGCAGUCAAACAUUUAAUCGACCAUCAGAUUGGGUAAGACAUAUUGAAUUUACACAUGCUGAUAUGACCGAAAAUCGAAGAAAAAAGAGGAAGGGCGAUGUAGAUGAUGAUAGCAAAGAUUUUCCACCUUUAAAAUGUGAUCUUUGUGGUAAUAUGUAUUCAACACCUCAAGAAUGGGUACGUCAUAUCCAAACCGAACAUACAGAAGAGCAAUUAGCUCUAAUGAAUAACUCAGCGCCUCCUAAACCAAAAAGAGUUCAUAGUCAUCAAAAAUUGUGCAACAUUUGUCAAAAAGAAUUUCCAAGUCAUGCGUCGAUGGUAAUUCAUCAAAGAACGCAUACGGGGGAAAAGCCUUUUCUUUGUUCCUAUUGUAAAAAAGGCUUUAACGUAAAAAGUAAUUUAUUAAGGCAUUUAAGGACAUUGCAUGACAAAUAUGUACAUCCCAGUUUAUAUGGGAGUAAUGGCAACACGAAUGCUUAAGCCCUUACAUAAUUUUUUAAUUGUACAUGUUUUUUUUUUGUUAAUACUUCAUUUACAGGACAAAUACCACAUAACAUCUCACACUUUUUAAAAUUAUAUUUAUAGACUGAAAAAACAGUAUAUGCUUUGAUAAUCUCGCAUAAGCAAAUUAUCAAAUUGGUCCAAAUAAUUACCGAUAGUAUCGAUGUACGUGGUAUCUUCUUUGAAAAUGAAUAAGUAUUAACAGUUUCAUUAAUUUUAAAUGGAUAAUUUCAUAUUUUCCUUUUACAUUAAAUUUGAUUAUGUAUUAACAUGAAUGCGUAUUAUUUCAUUAUGUAUAAAAAUAAUUGUUUUAAUUUUAAAUGUGAAGCUAUUAUAUUAAAAAGAAAAAAGCAAUAUCAGGGCUUUAAAACUAAAGAGGCUGAUUACUAUUGCCAAAAUAUCUUGUUUUAUUGCUAUUUAAAUUUACUUUUGAACAUAGAACAAGAUGUGGAAAAUAUUUUAUUGAUUUGAUUUAAAUGCAUAAAAAGAAUUAAUGAUAAACAGGUCUUCGCAGUAUGGGCGUGUAAAAUAAUUUAUAGUAUAAAUCAACAUCUAUUGAUAUAUAAUAUAUAAUUAUUUAGUAAUUAUAUGAGAUCCAAAUUAUGUAAGAUUUUACUGUAUACUUUUAGGCUAUUCCAUCCAUGGUAGCCCACUUAUUCCCUCAGCUCGUAAGUUAAUUAUGUAUUUUUAUAUUAAACUAGCUUAUACAUAAAAGAUAUAAGAAAUAAGACAAUUAAAAAUAAGUGAAAAAUUUAAAUUUCAAUUAGGCUAG